ACUUCACUUACGGACACCCGAACCGGAAACACAACAACACGCCUCACAUUUCUUCGGCGCCACAACAGAACCUUCUAGUGCCGCCGUCACUUUGAAAGCACUUCCUGGCGUGGAAGAUGGAGGUGUCGGGUCCGCUCCUUUAGGCCUGGUACCGCUGGUUUCAACACCGGAACCCGAAAAGCAAAGGGCCGCCGGUACCGGACGAGCAUGGGCAGACUGCGGAGGAGAGCGUGCGUGGGGCUCUUCCUCUUCGCUCUCUUCAUCUUCGGAACCAUGAUGGGACUCAGAACCCUCAAGACCGGCGACGGUUUAUCAGAUCUGGUUCCGAAUCUGGAGCUCCCCGGGAAGCUGGACCGGCGCUCGGUGUCCUCGUCCUCCUCCUCCUCGCCGGGUCACCACGACACCAAAUCCGCUUUGCCGAACUCCGGUCCGGAGGGCGCCAUCUUCGACGACGUGCACAUCUUCUACUACGUGUGGUACGGAACACCGCGAGUGGACGGCAAGUUCGUGCACUGGGACCACGUCCUGGUGCCGCACUGGGACCCGAAGAUCGCAUCCAGCUACCCGAGGGGGAGACACCUGCCGCCCGAGGACAUCGGCUCCAGUUUCUACCCAGAACUCGGAGCCUACAGUUCUAGGGACCCGGACGUGCUGGAGUCCCACAUGGAGCAGAUAGCGGCUUCUGCUGCAGGGGUUCUGGUCCUGUCCUGGUAUCCUCCCGGCCUUGCUGACGACAACGGGGAGCCCACCGAGGAUUUUGUGCCCGCCAUACUGGACGCCGCCUAUCGGCACAACCUCAAGGUUGCCUUUCACAUCCAACCCUACAGAGGACGGAACGACCAGAGUGUGCACGACAACAUCAAGUACAUCAUUGACAGGUAUGGCGACCAUGCAGCCUUCUACAGGUUCACCUCCAGCACGGGAAAUAGACUUCCUCUGUUCUACAUCUACGACUCGUACCUGACCCCCGCGGAGUCUUGGUCCGAACUUCUGGUGCCCACGGGCUCCCACAGCGUGCGGGGCUCCGCCUACGACGCCAUCUUCAUCGCUCUGAUUGUGGAGGAGCGCCACAAGCAGGACAUCCUGGUGGGCGGCUUCGACGGCAUGUACACGUACUUCGCCUCCAACGGCUUCUCCUUCGGUUCCUCCCACCAGAACUGGAAGGCCGUUAAGAGUUUCUGCGACGACAACAAUCUCCUCUUCAUCCCCAGCGUGGGACCGGGCUACGUAGACACCAGCAUUCGCCCGUGGAACAGCCACAGCACCCGGAACCGGGUCAACGGGCGCUACUACGAGACGGCCCUGCAGGCGGCGCUUAGCGUGCGGCCCGAGAUGGUCACCAUCACGUCCUUUAACGAGUGGCACGAGGGGACGCAGAUAGAGAAGGCGGUGCCUAAGAAAACCGCCACCAGGGUCUACUUGGACUAUCAGCCGCACGGACCUGAACACUACCUGGAGCUAACGCGACGCUGGGCUGAGCACUUCAACAAGGAGAAGGAACAGUGGCUCAUGUGAGCUUUCUACCAACACAUCGGCAUCAACCAAUGGACGCAUAGCCCCUUUCAGACGUCUAAGCUUUUCCCCGUGUUAUUGUUCAGGUAAGGCGAGACUACUUUGACCUGGCAACUGAACCAUCUGAUGUAUCGCGGUCGUAACAGCCAGGACGGCAACAAAGAAUCAGGGUUUUAUCCCCCAAACAGGGACUGGGGUGCGACGUUUAGCACCAGUCCGGUGGUUUUGCAGCAAGCAAAUGUCCCAUCAAAUAUCUCAUACGUCUCACCAGACCGUGGAACCGUCUAAAGGACUGACUAUGGGGAUGCCGUGUCACUGUUUUAAGCCCAGACAGUCGCAGUAAUUUGCAGCCUUCGCUAGGUUCUGUGAAAAAGACCCAGGCGGGUCAACGGCAGAUCAACUGCGAUGCUUUGAGCGGUCUUUUUUUUAGCCGUGAAGAGGACAGUACAGGAAAGAGUGACGGACCUUGUUGGUACCCUUUAGGUCGUUGGUGGAAAAACUAAGCACAAUAAUAAUUGAGAGCAUCAUAAUCCGUCACUACCACAAGAAAGUCUUGAACUGAACUGAUGUUACGUGAUUGAUUGAUUGAUUGAUUGAUUGAAACUUGUAUUAGUAGAUUGCACAGUACAGUACAUAUUCCAUACAAUUUGACCACUAAAUGGUAAGACCCGAAUACAUUUUUCAAUGUGUUUAAGUCGGGGUCUACAUUAAUCAAUUUGUGAGCGUCGACCAAAACCUUUGUCAACCCUUGUUUUAAAUUAAACGCUCUCGUCUUCGGCGUAUUUUUUGGUUGUUACAUCAUACUUGCCAACCCUCCCGGAUUUUCCGGGAGACUCCCGAAAUUCAGCGCCUCUCCCGAAAACCUAC